GGGGGGGGGGGAAUCAGGAGUCUGGUAGAAUCUUUUCCAACAAACAUAUUUUUUUAUUAAAAGUCAUAAGACAGUUCCAUAUAAUUUUCUUGGCACUGUUUUAAAAUGGUUUAUCAGUACCUUCUUGGGGCAUUAGUGUGUAUGUAUUUCUCUCUGUGUGUUUUAAAUUUCCAAUCUAAUUUGAACCCCUGGGAUUUGGUAAUCUUCUAUUCCAAUCAGAUCCAAUCCAUUGACAAUAUAGAACAUAAUUAUUAGUCCAUAUUGUAAAAUUGGGGCUUUAAGACAAAGCGAUGUUACAUUUCUGCAAAAUAGAUUAAUUUCCCAUAAUAUUCGUAAUGAUAGUUGUGAUGACAUGGCUUCUAAAUCUAAAAAUACUGUACUUUAGUAAUACUAUUGUUGCAAUUCGGUCUGGUUCUUAAACGACCGACUUCACGCCUUCUUUUAAAGAUGCAGACAUAGGGAGAAAGAGUUUCCACUUGAGUAACCAUUAAAGGAAAAGUUAUAAUUACGGGACGGUACAUUUUUCUUUGUCUAUUAACUUAAAUCUUCUCGCGAAUUUAUAAAAUUAGAGCGGAACUAAAAUCCAGGGGUUGGUUUUCCGCUUGGACAUUAUUUCCUGGAGCUCUACUCCUAUGCAUUUUGUGUUUCAGUCGAGUUGUUUCCCCGGAUUGACCGGCUGCUAGAUCGCAGGUGUCAAAGCUGAGGCGAUGGCCGAUCAGACGAUUCUCAAGACUUUGCUCUACACCGUCAAUUCUCUCCUGCAGCAGCGGAGAUAUCAGACCACGCUGGCGGUGCUCAAGGGCUUCCGCAACGGAGCGGUUUAUGGAGCCAAAGUCCGUGCCCCUCAUGCUUUGGUAAUGACAUUUCUCUUCAAAAGUGGAAGCCUAAAGGAAAAAUUGAAAGCAAUUCUUCAAGCUACCUAUACUCAUUCCAAAAACCUGGCCUACUUUGUAUUCACUUAUAAGGGUUUGAUGGCCAUGCAGUCACGAAUGCAAGGAAAGAAGAUUCCAUUUCAUUCUUUCCUCGCAGCCUUCAUUGUGGGCUGGUUAGUGUUUGGGGAAAAUAAUAAUAUUAACAGCCAGAUAAAUAUGUAUCUAUUAUCUCGUAUCCUGUUUGGCUUGUCUCGAUUGGCAGUAGAGAAGGGUUAUAUCCCACAGCCCAAACAAGAUCCCUUUCCACUUUUUGCUGCUGUGGUUUGGGGGAUUGUUCUUUGGCUCUUUGAGUAUCACCGGCACACUCUACAACCAUCACUACAAUCAUCCAUGACCUACUUAUAUGAGGACAGUAAUGUUUGGCAUGAUGUUUCUGACUUCCUUGUACAUAAUAAAAGAUCUACUACCAAAUAAUCCUAACAACUAUUUGGAUAAUAACACAUUCCAAUGGUGAUUAAAAAGAUGUAUAUCUGAGCAUCCUUUGUAAUACUGCAUUUAUUUAUAUUAACAUUGGAUAUUAAUUUCUACUUGAAGUCUGUCCACAAUGUUUAGUAUAGAUUGCUGAUUUCUGCUAAUUGGCGCUUGAGUAUUUUACAAGCAAAAUAUUUUCUUCCUUUUUUCUUCAAGAUAUCCAGUUUUCCCUUCUAUACUACCAGCUGAGGAAAAUAUCUCUUAAUUGUUUUAAAAUCAAGAAAUAUUAAUUAAAUGUUAAAAGGAUCAGAUGACACAAGUAACUUUUGCAACUGGUGUCAUCUACAAUUUCUUCGGCAACAAACACAUUUGUUCAGCAAACAAAUUUUCUGCAUGAUGGAUAUCAUUUGAUAAUGAUCUUGAUCUGUAGUUAUGGUAUUUCGAAGUGUUAUUGCUUAUGUUUUGUUUAUCCAUACCUCUUUUCUAGGUUAUAAGGACAGAUAACAGAUCAAACAAAUUUUAAAGCUGGCUUUUAAAAAAUUAUGCACUUUUUAAAUUCAGUUGCAUAAAUAAUGACACAAAAAUUGGGAUGCUUUUAAGUACACCAUCUUACAAAAUGCUUAAGAUUUAGUAAUGUUAGCAAAUAGAGAAGAAAUAGGUUUUAUUUCUUGGGUUUCUAAAAUGAAAGAAGAGAGUAGAUAGUAUGGUGAAUAUAGGAAGCGUGUCAAAUAAGUUAUUCUUGUUAUGAAAUCCUGUGUUAUGAGGGGGGGGGGGCAAAAGUGUGAAUACUAAAAAAUAUUUUCCUUGAUUGAAGCUCUACCAGAUGGAAAAUGAUGCAAUCAUACAUAGCUAGAACUAUUAUUGCAGUUGUCAUUCUCUGAUCAUACAGCCAACAGGUAUAAUUAUGUUUAGUAAUACACCAAAAGUGCCAAAUGGAUUAUUAGAUUUUAUCUCAUUCUUUUAUUAAUGAAUACAGAUAACUAUGUAUUGCAUUUUUUUGAAAUUUAUUUAUUAUUAAACAAAUUUAUAUGAUCACCUGAUUCUCAGUGUGACUCCAAGCAGUGUAUAAUUUUAAAAAUCCACAUUUUUUUUAUUUAAAACCACCUAGUGCAGCCACAACAGAAUCAGACAAGCCAUUUGACUGGUUCAGAAUGGGAUCCUCAAGCUUUCUGACAAAACCAUGUCUUCAAGACCUUGUAGAAAAGCAUCAGGGUAGAGGCCAAUCUUAUCUUUGGAGGAAUGAUGUUCCAAAUAUUUAUCAUCCAAUCAUGUUAACUGGCUAAAGCUAGACUUUCUGUAUCAUUUCCAGUCUUGUACAGAUGCACAGAAAAUUUCUUAUUUUAAAAGAACAAAAAAUUGGACUUCUAGAUGAAAUGGAAGAUCUUGCAAAAUUUAUUUGCAUAGCAAGCAUAGAUCUUCCUAAAAUGUUAAUUUCUUUUCGUAAUUUCAUCCUUUUGUAAGAUAAUCAAACUCACAGUCCACAGGCCAGAUGCGUCACACACUGGCCAUGCCCACCCCUGGUUUAGCAAAGGGGAAAAAAGUUGCAAUACCUCACAUGAAGAUGUGUUCCCACAAGUUUGACACACCUGCUGUGUCAUGAAUACUACACUUGGCCUCAUGCACUGCACGCACACAUACACACACUAUUGCUGCUGCUAAAAAGCUAGGUUUAUAAAUUAAAAUGUCUGCUAUCCUAAUCUCAUUUUAGAGUAAUCACUUUCAAUACAGCGAGCAUAGUGAAGACUCUGUUUUUAAACACCAUUAUACAAAGUGAAGCAGCUUUUUUUAAUUGAAGAAAACAAAUGUACUUUUGUAUGUGCUGGAGUUUUAUUUGAAAUAGGAUGCUUAAUAGGACUUUGGUUAAAAAGACAAAACAAGACUGAUUAUAAGGCCUUAAAAUUUUUUGGUUUAUGCUGUUGUACUAAGUUUUUAUUUAUCAUUGAAAAGUUGCUUACGAUACCAAAUAUAUAUAUAUUUGGGAACCAAUAAAGUUUUGUAUUUAGUUUA